CUGCCCCAACAUUGAUUAUAUAUAAACAUGGUCUUGAUCACAUGCCACAGCAUACAGAAUCAGCAAAAAAGUUUCGAUUCUUCUCUAAAAAUGGCUUUCAUCAAGCCUGUUUUUGCAGUUCUUUUAUCCCUUUCUUGCAUUAUCAGCUUAUCUAAUGCUCAAGGGCUGACCCUUGAUUAUUACAAGAAGACAUGUCCGAAUGUCGAGGACAUCGUUAAACGGGAGACAGCCCGUAUAAUGGCUGCUGCGCCGACUCUGGCUGCUCCUCUACUCAGACUUCACUUCCAUGACUGUUUUGUUAGGGGGUGUGAUGGUUCUGUGCUAAUUAAUUCAACGACGAACAAUCGAGCUGAGAGGGAUUCACCUCCCAAUCUAACACUUCGAGGGUUUGGAUCGAUUGAUAGAGUGAAAUCUGCAGUCGAAAAGGAGUGCCCCGCCACCGUGUCUUGCGCUGACAUCUUAGCUUUGGUUGCGCGCGAUGCGGUUUCAAUUCUAAAUGGACCUUUCUGGCCUGUGCCACUGGGAAGAAGAGAUGGGAGAGUGUCGAAUGCAUCGGAAGCAUUGGCAAACAUUCCGGCGCCAACUUUCAACAUUACUCGACUCAAAACAUCGUUCGCAUCAAAGGGAUUGAACACAAAGGAUCUUGUCGUUCUAUCAGGGAGCCAUACCAUUGGAACUUCCCACUGCUCGAGCUUCUCGAACCGUCUCUACAACUUCACGGGCAGAGGCGACAGCGAUCCAUCGCUCGAUCCAAACUACGCGUCGCGGCUGAGAAGCAAGUGCCGGCGAGGUGACACCACAACCCUAGCUGAAAUGGAUCCCGGGAGCUUCAAGACAUUCGAUCAGGGUUAUUACACCAACGUAGCCAAAAGAAGGGGCCUCUUUACAUCGGAUUCAUCUCUUCUUGCCGACACCGAGACCCGGACUUAUGUUAGGAGCCACGUGUUCUCUCAAGGGUUGUCGACAUUUUUGCAGGACUUUGCGGAUUCGAUGGUGAAGAUGGGGAAGAUUGAGGUCCUUACGGGAAGUCAGGGUGAGAUAAGGAAGAGAUGUGGUUUUAUUAAUUGAGAUUAUUUCUGUUUGGUUUUUAAAAAUUUUUACUUGAAUUAAGUGUGUUGUUAGCAAUAAAGUCGAAUAUUAUGUCUACUCGACUUAUUCAUUUUGUAAUAUUUUUACUUUGAGUGUGGGAUUAUGAAUAAAUUUUAAUAUUAAUUCUUCUUUAUGUAAUGUUUAUUUAAAUUGAAUGGGUAUUUGCAAUAAAGAUGGGCAUAAAAUA